AUGACUAACAUUAAAGUUGUACAUUCAAUCCAUCCGCGAUUGGAACCAGCACCCCAUCUUAUUGAACCCCAAGUUGGAGUACCUCGCGCAACCCCACCUCCACCAGUUCCUGGGACAACACCGCCACCGCCUACACCUCUACCGGUUGUCGGAGUGGUGCCGGUAGUAGGGGUUCGAGACAAGAACAAGAUAAAACCUGAUGAUCCUGUAAAGAGACGGAAUAAAGAGACUCAAUCGCGGCCAAGAAAGACGUGCAAGCGCGUGAUAUUGGCUUAAAGGGCCAUUUUGCUCCCUGAACUUGCCAACGAAUGAUCAAUUUACUCAUAUUUUGAACAAUUGGCCAAUUUAGUCAUGAGCUAAUUGACCUAUUUUUCUAGCUGAGAGACAGGCGUGUAGAUUUGACAUAUUAAAAAACAAAUAAAA